AUGUCGGAGGUCAUUGUAUGGUCCGCCGACUAUCACUACCCGCGCGGGGAUUUAGUACUACAAGUCGGGCACACCUUGUUCAAACUACAUAGGGAUAUUUUAUCAACGCACUCCAACUUCUUUCAGGACAUGUUUCGUAGUGCAUCAAGCAACGGAGAAGAGGGCGAGUCUGACGGUUGCCCAUUGAAAAUAUCUCAAGACCUUUGCUCUGCUGAGAGUUUUACUGUCCUUUGCGCGCUAUUGUACCCAAAGAAAAUAGGCGUUCUUCCCCCUGUUCUUGUCAGCGAACUCGAUAUUUGGGCACCGGCUCUCAAAGCAACACAGGCUCUACAAAUGGACGGUGCCCGAGAGUACAUUCUAUCACAGUUCGAAGUGGAUAGGAUGAAUAUUCCCGCCGUGGCGGCAAGAUUACUCGGUAUCAUCAUCAAUUACGAAGAAACUUCCGAUACUCUCAAGCUUGAGUGUAUUCACUCGCUUAUCAUUCGCCGGGGGCCUAUCCUUGCACUUGAAGCUCACAUGCUAGGUUCAGACACCAUGGCGCACAUUUCGACGAUCCGCGACCGCGUCCGAACGCUGGCAGCAUCUCGCUCUUCGGAUAUCUCGGAUGAACACCCAGUAGUCAUUCCAAGUGACCUAUGCUCCGCAGAGACAUUUGAUACAAUAUGUCAGUUUCUAUAUCCCAGGGCUAUCGGAGCGUAUCCCGCCAUUCUCAUAGAUGAGCAGGAAAAAUGGGAGUUCGUCCUACAAGCAACGAGUCUUCUACAAAUGAAAGACCUACGGAAAUACAUCCUGGCAAAUUUCAAGGGGGAGCUCCGCGACAACCCCACGGUUGCUUCAAAGUUACUUGGUUUGGCGGUCAAGUACAACGAGGCGCCAAAUACACUCAAGUUAGAGUGUUUAUAUGUGCUUGUUUUCCUCCGCAGGGCGAUUUCUGCCACCGAAAUAACUUCUCUCGGAGAAAAUGCGACUUUCCAAGUGGUUGCUAUCCGAGAUCGUAUCCGAAUUCUUAUUCUCACGGAUCCUAGCUAUUGGACUACCAUCCACAGGCACCACUUCUGUAUCGGGGGCCCCAACUGCCAGAAUUUUAUUCAUCAAGGUGUUUUUAAUAAUCUCAAAGAAACAGACCCUUUGCAGGAGUAUUAUCGGACUGAUGGUAGCAUUUUUGACCUCCCGGAGGACGUUCAAAUCUGUCCCAAUUGUAACCCCGUCCGUAGUGAUCUGGCCGCAACAAUUGCUCAAGAGGUACUUAAGGAGGAGAUUAGGAGGUGUGCCACCGGUUUGGGUCUUCUGCACGCCAGUGAAUAA